CCCCUAUCUGGCCGUGGCGUUACAAAACUGGUCGCGGUUUUCUUGCUUAUAAACAGUCCGCACGACUCCCACUGCAGCGAUCCACGCUGCUGCCUUCGCACUGCUUUCAGCUCUAACUCGGGCCAACGAAUCACCAUGAAGCUACUUGUGCUCCCGCUCGCCUUACUACUGACCUGCGCUUUUGGUAUGCCCCAGCAGAACGGUAGUGGCACAGGCACGUCAACAGCAAGCACGGCGGCGGUCUCGUCGUCCACCCCAGCGUCAGCCAACGCCACCACAUCGACGACGACUCUCUCGGGCGCGCGGUCGGGAGGUCCGGCGCCGAUAGUGUGCUACUACUACGGCUGGGCCAACACGCGUCCCCACCCUGCCAACUACGGCGUCAACAACAUCCCGGGCGACCUGUGCACGCACGUCAACUUUGCCUACGCGGGCGUCGACCCGGAGACCUGGGAGCUCAGGAGCGAGGUGCCUGAAUACGAGAGCAACAGGGAACUCUUCAAAAACUUCACGGCCAUAAAGACCAAGUACCCCCAGCUGAAGACGCUCCUGUCGGUCGGCGGCUGGCAGCAAGAGAACGGCGUGUUCUCCGCGCUCGUCAGAAACGCUGACAGGAGGGCGCUCUUCAUCGAGAGCGUCCUGCUCUGGAUGAAGGAGUACAACCUGGAUGGCGUGGACAUGGCCUGGCGCUUCCCUGGCGUCUCCUACCGCGGAGGAUCGCCGCGCGACAAGGAAAACUACGCCAGCCUCAUCAGGGAGCUGGCUGGCGCUUUUGAAGGGAAAGGCCUGUUGCUCACGGUCGUCAUGCCAGUUACCGAUGAGUUCCUUAAUACCGGAUACAACAUUUCAGAAAUUUCCAAGUACGUCGACUGGAUCAAUGCACAGGCCUACGAUCUCAGGGGAGCUUGGAACGGUGUCACAGACGUCCACACUCCACUCUACUCCAGGUCUAUUGACGUCGGCCCGCAAGCAACGUUGAAUGUGAAAGACGGCCUUGCCCGCAUCGUGAGCGGCGGAGCGCCAAAGUCCAAGGUGGUGAUGGGCAUCGCCUUCUUCGGCCGGGGAUUCACGCUGCUCGAUCCGCAGCAGCACGGCCUCCACGCCCUCAUCAACCGCGACGUGCCGCCGCACGCCGGGCCCUUUGUUAGGAGCAACGAGAUCUUCGCCUACUACGAGAUCUGCCUUAACUUGAAAGGAAACUGGAAACGAGAGUUUGACGACGAAGGCAAGUGCCCGUACGUCUACUACAGGGACCAGUGGAUCGGCUACGAGGAUGCUGUCAGCAUUCAGCACAAGAUUGACUUCCUUCAACAAGAGGGCUACCGUGGUGUCUACGUGUUCAACAACGAUCUGGACGACUUCCGGGGCUUCUGCGGUGAACCCAACAUCCUCCUCAAGACCAUCAAGAACGGUUUGAGCGAAAAGAACGAGAUCCCUGUGUCGGCCUGAAGGUCGACGUCCGCAGUCUCAGUCAGGAGGAUCGUGGCAACCUAGUCACUUUGUCAAGCACAGCAACUUCAGGAAUUAUAUUCAUUGUGAUGCGAACAGACUGCGUGCUUUUUCCCCUGCAUAUCGAUUGACAUUUCAUGAAAACACCAAAGCAAGCCAUGCCAGCGCCUUCACCGCCAGAAAUGCGCCCCUCCUCUGCGCUGGCGCACUUCUCAUUACACUAGCAACACAUCACAGUGGCGUUGCUAAGCACAAGCCAGAAUCGUAAUUGCUUUACGUUCGAAACAAAAACGCGUGAGCAGCUGCUCAUAGCUCACUCAUUUAGAACAUGAACAACUGUUUCACAUUGUUUGAUUAUCAGAAAUGUAUAAUUGCCACAGAUGCAAUGCUUGGAAUGCAUAUUGCAGUACACACGUGGUGAUUUAGCUGUGCCAUGGAAAUCAUCCACGCAAUGAAAAUAAAGGCGGGUCACAAAGA